CGCACCGCCCAUUGGCUGUCGCGCGGGGCAGGCGGAAGCGGGGCCGCCGCGAGCUCCCUUCAGCGUGAUGGCGUCGGCACUGGCGCCGCCGGGGCCGGGACUCGCUCUCGACAAGGGGCUGGAGCUCGUCCUGCGGGAGGCCGUGGCGGCUCUGGGCCGGCCUGGGGAAGGGUUGGUGGCGGCGCUGGGCGCGGUACGCGCCGCUCUGGCGGCAGCGGGCGGCCCGGCCGCCCUCGGGGAGCGGGAGCGGGCGCUGUUCGGCGCCUUCCUGCGCAGACUGGUCCGGGCGCCUGGCGCGGCGCGGCCCGAGGGCCUGUGGCAGCGCUGCUUCCUGGAGGGCCCGCCCGGCCUCGUGUUCUGCGUCUUGCUGGAGGCCCUUGGCUCUGCGGGCUCUGGCCUUGACCCGAGGGAGGUAGUUGGGGUCCUGGAGCAGUUCCUGCAGCAGGGCCGGCUGUCAGCAUUACUGUGGGAGGUGUGUCAGCCGCAGGCACAGGCAGGCUGCCUGGAGCUGCAGGGCACCCUGCUCAACACGAUCGUCUGUUUGCCCGAGCAUGUGAGCAAUAAACUUCAGGGGAAAAACCCACCAGUGUUCUUCCCACAGAACUACUUCCCUCUCCUGGGUGAUGCAGUUCUCCAGGUGCUAGAGAAGAUCUCUGACUCUCUGCGGGGUGGCUUGGACUGCUCCAUCUCUUUUGUUUCUCAUGUCCUGGGGAAGGUGUGCGUUCAUGGACGGCAAAAGGAAAUUCUGGGAGUUUUGGUUCCCCGCCUGACAGACCUCACCAAGUCAGACUGCAUUUGGCAGAGGAUAUGCUGGCAGUUGGUGGAAUGUGUGCCAGACCGCUGGAUGGAAGCAGUGGUCCUUGGUUUUGUGCAGAGUGCACCUGGGGCAGAUGUCUUGUCCAGAUUGCUGGGUAACCUGGUUGUGAAGAACAAGAAGGCUCAGUUUGUGGUCACACAGAAGAUGCUGCUCUUGCAAUAUGGCCACACGACAGCCGUGCUGCAGAACCUCCUUGGCUACCUGUCCCUGGACAGCGUCCGGCGCACCUUGUUGCUCAGAGUGCUGCAGGAGCUGUUGGAGACCUGGAGCAGCAGCAGUGCUGUGAAACACUCCCCAGCUGAGCAGCAGCUGUACAUUAGCAAGGCCAUCCUCAUCUGCCUCUCCCACCUGAAGGAGCCUGAAAUUGCAAGCUGCAGACAAGAGCUUCUGACAAGCAUGAUGGAGGGUGUGAAAUGCCACUUGGAGAGCAGUCUGCCACAACUGCGGCGUCUGGGCAUGGUGGUGGCAGAGAGCAUCAGCUUGAGCAUAAACACUGAGGGGCCUGUCCUGAAGUUUGAGUAUGAAGAGGACGAUGAAACAAGAGAAUUGAAGUCCCUUCUGGUGCAGACUCCAUCAUUCUGUGUUGUCCCCAGCCUUCCAGAUGAUGACAGGAGUGAGAAAGCAGGUGCUGCGCUGCCGCUGGUACCAGAGAGUAAUGAGAAAUCCUCUACUGCAGCCCCUGUGAUGCCAGAUGAGGAGUCAGAUGCUGAACUUGACAGUGAUGAUGACCUCAUCCCUUACGACAUGUCUGAGGAUAAAGAGCUAAAAAUUAAGGCUCCUGUGUAUAUCCGAGACUGUAUUGAAGUUCUGACUGGAUCAAGAUCUGAAGAUGUGGACAAAUGGGAAGCUACAAUCAAGGCACUUGAGAGCUUGGUUCGGAGGAAUCCAGCAGCAACAAGAGAGGUUAGUGUGGAGCUGGCAAAAAUAUUAUUGCAUCUGGAGGAGAAGAGCUGCAUUGAAGGCUUUGUGGCACUCCGUCAAAGAGCUCAAGUAGCUGUUUUAACCACAGACCCAAUACCUGUUGCAGAGUACUUGACAUCCCAGUUCUACUCUCUGAACUACAGUCUGCGUCAGCGCAUGGACAUCCUUGAUGUAUUGGUUUUGGCAGCUCAGGAACUGUCCUGUCCCAAAUUCCAUGGGAAGACUACACAUUCUGAUGUCCAAAAGCCUUGUAUCCAGCUCCCUCCAGCAAGUGACAGCUCUAAGGGCUGGAGAAGAAUUGUUGAUGAGAGGAUCAAAAGCAAGACUCGCAGAUUUGAUAGGGGUCAGUCUCGUGUGGAACUGGCUUCCCACCCAAACAAGUUCAGUUCUGUUGCUGGGUAUUUCUUUUUCCCGUUGAUUCAGCACUUUGACAGGCCUUUAACAACAUUUGAUCUUCUGGGAGAAGAUCACUUAGUCCUUGGAAGACUGGUUCACACUUUAGCAGUUCUGAUGUACUUGGCUGUCAACACUGUGGCAGUGACAGCAAUGGGAAAGGCACUGCUGGAAUUCGUUUGGGCACUGCGUUUCCACACAGACUCGUAUGUGCGCCAGGGCCUUUUGUCCUGUAUCUCCUCCCUGCUACUCAGUGUCCCUACAGAACGGAUGCUGGCAGACAUGACAGAAGAGCUGUUGGAGACUCAGUCCUGGCUGGGAGCGUGUCCUAUGACUGACUGUUGGCCCUUCAACCUGUUGGCUGCAGACCUGGCCCUGUCUGCUUACUGGAUGCUUUGGGACUUACCAGCUGCAGAGAGAGAGGAGAAUCCACUUUGGACUUGUCCAUCAUUACCCUUAGUUGCCCUGCUGGACUUGCCACAGCUGCCUUUGAGGGAAUUCCCCACCCCUUGCAAGUGCUCUGCAGCUAUGUCAUGGGUAAGUGAGGUUUAUGUCAGGACCAACAGGACACUCUGUGUGCCACACAGGUGCCUUGUGCCUCCCAUGCAGUGCCAGCAGUGCCAGGUCCAUACUGGUGGAACAGAAACAGCACCAAUAGUACUCUGAGCUUUUGAGCUUGUUCCAAUCUGCCUUGUAACCUUCCUUUUUGUCUUCUGCAGAGGGAGUAUGGAAGCACCAGGGUGCAGCUCUCUCUGGAUUAUAAAUAGCUGUGCUCCAGUGACAUGAGUCAUGUGUUUGGGCUGACAGUGCUGGGCUCCCAGCACACUACUCGUGCGUACAGGAUAUCCUCACACAGGCUCCCUGCUCUUCCAGGCUCCCCUGCUCAGACAUCCUGCAUGCAUCCUGGUUGUUACUUUGCAGGCUCAUUAAGGGCCCCUGGAAUAACAGCUGCUGGGAACAGCCUCACACUGCCCUUACGUGCUGUGGGAAAUGUGGAACCCGUUGAUCAGAAGAUUGGUUUCUCAGAGUGGAGAAUAUGCUGAAGCUUGGGGCCUGUCUCUUUCUUUCCCCGUUGGCAUCAUGACCCCAAAUUCAGGAAGGAGCACUGACCAUUUUAGAUUGCAAGAAUGGCAGAGUGGAGACUUCAGACUGUGAAGAAAGUGGAUUUCUAGCUACAGACUUCACUCAUGCUUGUAGCUCAGCUGUAUAAAGCUUUUGUGUAGCUCAGGGUGACAAGUACAAAUUCUGGCAUGGAGAUUAUCCCAUGGGAUCCAAGGUCAGACAGUUUCUACAGUGUUUCAGUCCAACUGACUGUUUCUCCUAAAAAACUGGAGCACUACCCCAUGUGACAGUCAGGGCUUGGCUGAACUCAUGCUGCUUUACAUGAUCAAGUUUGUGCAUCUCUGCCUUCUGGCCUAAUGCAGUUCCUGCAAGUCCUGAUGUCCAGUCCAGCCGAAGGUGCAAAUGCUGUUGUUUAGUUCUGUGAUUGUCAGUAAAAUAGUGAGAAGUGUUAAGGGCACUUUUUCCCAUUCCCCAAUUAACAGUGGCUGCUUCUUUUGUAGAUGUGAUGGAGAAAGACCCUGAUGAAGACUGCAGAAGGCUGGCCCUGCAAAACUUGCUGCUAAUGGAGAACCUGAAAAAGAAACUUGAAGCUGUUCCUUCCUAGCUGAAGGGUAACAGAAAUGACCUUUACCUUGUGCUCUUGCCAGCUGGAUGUAUUUGGGCACUGCUGGGGCCUUUUCAGCAGUCACCUGGCUGGAGGAGAGGAAGAAGGGGGAAGGGUGCUGAGCUGUAAGCCAGCGAGCUUGACUUGACAUCUGGACUUUGUAGUGGAGGCCAAUUGAGUGAGCUCUGGGUAUCCGGUACAGCGUGUACAGAUGCAGGAAGGUAGGCAAGCGCUGCCAUCCUCCCGCGCCCCCAGCCCCC